AUGUCCUCAACACCCCCCUCCCCCUCCCUAGCCCAGGGCCCAGCAGCUCCCAAAUCCGCUCCCCCGAUCCACAUCCUCCCAAACAACAUCUCAAAAACCUACGCCCUCAUCCACCCAGUCCUCCUCCUCGCGCUACUCGCCCUCCGCUUCAAUGCCCUCGUCGCAGACCCUGUCGCCGAGCUGCUCAGCAAACUCCCUUUCCUGGCCUUGCUGCAGGUAGCCUUCGUCAUGACCUGUCUUCCACCCGCGGGGUCCGCAAAAGACGACGACAAAUCCACCAGCGCCAAUUCAUCCUCGAGUUCGUCAAAUGCAGGUUCAACGUCAGGUGUCAUCCUCAAACCAGGCAAAAUCGGUCUCCGACGCAAGAACACCCCAAAGUCGGAGUCGGCGUGUCUUUCUGCUAAACUCAUCGUACGUCUCCUGAUAAAAUACCCUCCCCCCUCCUCCUCAAUACCUACCCACCCGUACAUGUCCAUAAACAAAACACCUGUUACACAAAAAGCCCACCCCACAAACUCCCAGAACCAAAAAAAAAAAAACACUAACAAAAAGAAAAAACAGCCAGCAAUCCUCUCCCUAACCCUAACAACCCUCCUCGCAACCCCCGUCCUCACAAUCCUGCUUAUCCUCUUCGGCGCCCCGCUAACAACCCACCACCCCGAGACGCUCCUCUGCGGUGCUCACAUGGCCGUAUUGACAUCCACAGCGCUCAUCUACGUGCACGGCGUGGACGGUUCCGUCUGGAAGGAGGUCUGGGGCGCGAGGAGACCCGCUGAUGCGGUUUGGGGCGCUGCGCUGGGAACGUGUGUUGGGGCUUGGUUUGGGGCUGUGCCUAUUCCUUUGGAUUGGGAUCGGCCGUGGCAGGCGUUUCCGAUUACGAUUCUUGUCGGGGCUUAUAUUGGGUAUAGUGUUGGGUUUGGGUUGGGGAGGACGGUUUUGUUUGGGAAGAGGUUGAAGAUUGAAGAGGAGGGUGAUGUUGUAGAGGCGAAAAAGGUGGAUUGA